AUGGACGACGGAAUUUGGACUGGCUAUUGUUUCGUCGAUACAUACUUUCAAUCUGAAGAUGAGAGGCAAUGCGUUGAAGAUUAUUGUGACAGAGGCAUGCAGGUCGACCCUUUUACCACCGGAAAACACGAUGCUGAUAUGCCGAUCUUAAAUCCCGACGACUACUUCCUGAUCUCUCUUCAACACCAACUAGUUGUUUUCAAGGACGAAUGGAUGAACACAGCACAAAGAUUUAAAGAGAGAGUGGAAACAUAUGUCGAUGAGUUUGACUUUGCAUUGGCUAGCAAAGAAUCCCGACAGCCGUUGGCAUGGCUUCGGCAUGCAAGACGCAAGUUGACCGAGCUGGUCGUGUGCUUGGAGACAACCAUCGACUGCUGGGAUAACUUCACUUAUCCGGACCAUAUGCAAACACGCUAUGGACGUCAAUCAAUGGUGUCUAUUGAGCAGACUUUCGCAGAAGCAAGGAACUGCUUAAAGGAAUUAUACAAUAUCCGCACGCUUUGUGACGAGCACGAAAGAACACUAAAUCUCCACAACAUCGACGAACAAUACCGGAUUUCCCGCAUGCAGGCCCAAGUUGCUGAAAGUACACAAGUUCUCAGCUGCUUUCUACUCUACGUUGUGUCGCCCAUUACCCUUGCGGCGGCAAUCCUCUCUAUGCAGGAGGAAGCAAUCCCUGACUUUUUGGGACCUACCAAGCUCUCGUUCUUUUUGUUGACGCCCAUGCUGAUACUUCUUGUUUCUUUGGUUGCUCGGUUGGUUCAGCAUUGGGACAAGGUUCAACUGUACAUGUCCCAUCCAGGCAAUUGGGUUCAAGGUCGUAAAAGAGAUGUCAAUCUUGGGAUCGUCUAG